CAACCUCAUAUGAAUCCGUCCAGCCUUCAACCUUCAGCCUUGCUUCGAGAGGUGAGUUCGGGUCGUACAUACUCACAUAUCGAGCAUCAAUUUCCUCGAGCGAGCAAACCAAAUUCUAGCGACUUAAUUCACGGACCCCCCGGCUUCGCUCCUUUGACAGGCCUCACGGCAAGCCCGACUCCCGGGGUCACUCGACGCGGCCUCUUUCACCUUCGAUUUACUACUACCUCAUCGCGCCAACACAGCUUUCAGGCCAGAACCUGGCGCGUAUGCUUUACUGAGCUAAUUCGUCCGUAAUUCGAUCCAAAUUACAAGCCGCGGACAGAUUCUCCAUCUUUGCGUCAUAUAUCACCUUGCUCUCGGCGCAGUCUCAUCUCAGCCGUUCAAGAUGGAUGAGCAAACACAGCCUCAGGACAAGCCGGCGCAGGAGACCACCGCGCCCAGCAACGGCACCCCGGCACAGGAAACCAUCGUCCCUCACCACCCUCUGCCCAACACCUCCAACGGUUUUGACCCCAGCAUGCAAGCCGCGCUCAUGGAUCAGGUCCUUCCCGAAGCCCUGCAGGGGGUCAUGCCUGGAAGCAUGCCUACAGGAGACCUACCCCCAAACAUGCUUCCGGACAUGUUCCAAGCGACCCAGAUGUUCAUGCCCGAGCUUCUCCAACAGGGCGGACAAAUGUAUAACAACAACGGCAUGCUUCAAGGCCUCCCUAUCGCCGCACCUCCCGCAAUGAGCGCAGAUGAGAUUGCGCUCUAUGACCGUCAGAUUCGCCUCUGGGGCAUGAAGGCCCAGGAGAAGAUCCGCAAUGCAAACGUCCUCCUCAUUACCAUGAAGGCUCUUGCGAAUGAGAUCGCCAAGAACCUCGUCCUUGCCGGCAUCGGAUCCCUCACCAUCCUCGACGGCGCUACCGUUACGGAAUCAGAUCUGGGAUCACAGUUCUUCCUGUCUGAGGAGGAGAACCACAUUGGCCAGAACCGCGCGCAGGCUGCGGCCGCCGCCAUUCAGAAGCUCAACCCCCGUGUCCAGGUCCAUGUGGAUGCUGAGGGCAUCAAAUCCAAGGGCACGAGCUACUUCUCGGCCUUCGAUAUCGUCAUUGCCACCGACAUGGACCCCGACUCCCUCAAUAUUAUCAACACCGCCACCCGCCUGCACCAAAGGUCAUUCUACGCCGCCGGCACGCACGGCAUGUACGGCUUCAUCUUCUCCGAUCUGAUCGAGCACGACUACGUCAUCGAGAGAGAUCUCGGCAACGUCGCGACGAAGCUGGGGCCCGAGACGAGAACCCGGAGCGUCGUCGGCGUCAGCACAAAGAAGGAGGGCGGCAAGACGGUCGAGGUGGUGACGAAGCGUGAGCUCUACUCGACAUGGUAUCUCGCUAGUGACGGUGCUACCCUGCCCGAGGAGUACGCGAAGAGCGCGAGAAGGAAGAAGGCGGUCAGCCCCGUCAUCUCCUGCCUGCGGGCGCUGUGGGACUUCCAGGUCCUCAACAGCGGCCGACUGCCCAGCCACACCAAGGAGGACCUCGGUCUCUUCACCAAGCUUGCCACGGCUAAGCACGCCCAGCUGGGCCUCCCGUCCGAGACUCUGCGCUCCGAGGUGCUGCGGAGCUUCCUGCAGAACAUCGGCAGCGAGAUGGCCCCGGUCACCGCCAUCCUCGGAGGCGAGCUCGCGCAGGACGUCAUCAACGUCCUCGGCCAGACCCAGCAGCCCAUCCAGAACAUGGUGAUCUUUGACGGCAACAGCAUGGAGGCGUCGGUUCUCCCGCUGCACCCUGUCGGCGAGCUGGGCCGCGGCCUGCUCUCCCUCGCCGCGGCCGGCGGUCUCAUGCCCAACGGGGGAGGCAUGGUUCCCGGCGACCCUAGCAUGAUGAUGAACAUGGACGGCACGGUGGACUUUGGAAACCAGAUCCUUACCCAGUAGGAGGCCCUUAUUCCCUCUCUUGGCACGCGUCGGCGGCCUUGACACGGCUGGGCUUUGAAGCAAGGAGUUGGACACCGGGAUUUCCUAUCCCGACACUUUUCUACCAGCGUGGGAUUUGACAAGAAGAAGAAAAAAAAGUUGGGCCGGACACAUGUAAUAUUAAGCUGCCUACACUGUAAUCAAACAAAGA